UGCUUGUUAAGGGUUCUCAGAUUGGUUGAGCCCGUGUUGUGUCACGUGUCGUGCUGUUUUGACGGGUGCCGUGAUUGGACAUAUUUGUGUAAAUGCAAGUGUCCUAUUGCUUUAGUGUUGUUAUAAAAGCGGUGGUGGUAUAAAGAGACGGUUCUUCGCCCUUCGGUGUCUUGUGUUGUCAGGAGUCAUGGCUGACAGUAUAAUGACAGGCAGGGGAGUAAAACGCAUCGUGAACGUCCUGCUGCAGUGUGAAUGGGGCUCCUGCACCUAUGUGUCUUCGAAGAUGGAAGAAUUCUGCGCUCAUUUGUCUGAUCAUCUAGGAGCACAGCAGCUGCGGGCUGGAGAGGAGAACAUGGACUGUGAGGAUGAGUUUUGUUGCUUGUGGCAAGACUGCGGCUUCUUCUCCCUGGAUAGCCAAGUAGAACUGUUUCGCCAUGUUUAUUUCCACUGCUACCACACAAAACUUAAGCAACUGGGACUCCAGGCUUUACAGAUUCAGACAGAUCUCAUUCCCUGCCAGCUAGACACGCAGAGCCGAAACAUGAUCCCAGAACUCCAGGAAAGCUUCAUAUGUAUGUGGGAGCAUUGUGAGAGCUCAUUUGACAAUGCUGAAUGGUACUACAGACAUGUUGACUCUCAUGGUCUCAGCGCAGAAUAUGAAGCAGCUGGUAAAGAGAACCGGGUCCUGCUUUGUGGCUGGAAAGACUGUGACUGUUCUUGUAAAAGUCGAUGCAAGCUACGUGAGCACCUACGAAGUCACACACAAGAGAAGGUUAUAUCCUGUCCAAACUGUGGUGGCAUGUUUUCCAAUAAUACAAAAUUCUACGAUCACCUUAGACGGCAAACCUCUUUAGAUCAACAUAGGUUCCAGUGCACACAUUGCUCCAAGAGGUUUGCAACAGAACGCCUGCUGCGAGACCACAUGCGAAACCAUGUGAAUCAUUAUAAGUGCCCCUUGUGUGAUAUGACCUGUCCUCUUCCUUCUACUUUACGGACCCACAUUCGAUUCAGACACAGCGAUGAGCGGCCAUAUAAAUGUCAGCAUUGUGAUUACAGCUGCAAGAAUUUGGUUGAUCUUAGAAAGCAUUUAGAUACACAUAGCAAGUUGCCUGCAUAUUGUUGUGAAUAUGGAGACUGCAGCUUCAGUGCCCGUUCCUUAUGCUCAGUCAAAGCGCAUUACAGAAAAGUCCAUGAGGGGGAUUCAGCUCCUAGAUACAAGUGCCAUGUUUGUGAGAAAUGCUUCACAAGAGGUAACAACCUUACUGUGCACUUGCGUAAGAAGCAUCAUUUUAAGUGGCCAUCUGGACACCCUCGAUUCAGGUAUAAGGAACAUGAUGAUGGAUUUCUACGUUUGCAGCUGGUUAGAUAUGAAAGUGUGGAACUGACAGAACAACUAAUGAAAGAACGUGAGAAGCAGGGAGUAUCCCCGGAUGACGCCCCUGCCUGUCUGGUUUUAAGUCAAGGAGCAAGCACAGGUUCUGAUGGAGUAGAUUACGAGAGAACUGCAGUAGAAAAGGACUACAGAUUACUGUCAGAAUAACAAAUUACUUAGUAAAGACAUUUUUUCUAAACAAAGGACAUCAAGAGGCCUGUAUCUCAGAUUGAAAAUAUUCCGUAACAUUUCUAAACGGAGAUCCUUAAGAACCUCAUGUGCUUCCACCAGAUUUUGCCUCAAUUUAGUAUCACAGACUGAAUACACAACUUCAUUUCGCUGAAUCUUUUUUUAUCAAAGGUAAAAUGUCUCAGAGAGGACUGUGGUCAAACAGAAAAGAACUAUACAACCUCAGCGAGUCCAAAAAGCAGAGUUAAAAAUGUGGUAUCCAGCUGCAUUUAAUAAAUUAAACAACUGAUCAGAACCAAUAAAAUAAACAACUCAUCUGAACCAAUUACUAUCUUACUAUAACUCAUGGCUUACUGGACCCUUCACACUGACCUCUGGCUGGCUAUUUGUAGAAAUGCCAAUUAAUAAAAAAGUUGUCUAAAUUA